UUUUAUUUUUUUAUUCAUUAUCUCAAGAGCCCAAGUCAAGAAAACACAGCCCCUAACAGUCGAAAUCUACAAUCAUUUAGGUGGUUAGUUAUCAUUUCAGAGCUUGUGACGAGCAGCAACAUGUUGGCGUUAGAACUCACGUUGAUGGGUUUCUUGUUGAACCUGAUGUCUGUAAACUGCAACGUCGAUUUGAUGCUAUCAUACUCUGAGAAAAUUAAGUACCCGAUAGAUGACCAGAAGACCAUUAUUGUUGAAGGCUUCGUUCCUCAGACUUCCCAAAGCUUUUUGCUGAGCCUCGCUGACAAAGAGGAAUAUUCACGGAGUAUAGAUAUACCUCUACAAGUUCAAGUUGACUUUAACCAAAAGUGGCUGGAGUUAACCUACAAAAAGGACGGACAUUGGCCAGAUGAUAAAUAUACAGUUGAAAAUAUUCCAUUUACCAAAGGGGAAAAAUUUGAGUUCAAGAUAGCUCUAUUGCAUGAUUUUUUCGAACUGUCCGUCAACGAAGUGUUUUUUAGAGAUUUUAAGCUCCAGAUGUCCAAGGAUCUAAUCCACUACAUACAUGUUGAUGGUAAUGUUGACAUCAGCAGGAUUUUCCACUCGCCAAAUGUGGUUCAACUUGAGUUGGAAUCUGCUGAAGAACAGAUCAUCGUCAAUGGAUUCCCAACCAAAAACACAGAAAGGUUCACAAUUUUCCUGGCCUAUGGUUCUGGCUUGAACCCACAAAACUCAACUGUUGACAGCUUGCGUGAUGUAACCCUUGAUUUCGAUGUCCGAUUUACUGGUUACGCGCAUGGGAAUGCUGUUGUCAUAAACCACAAGACUAAUAAUGAAUGGGACAAAGAAGAAGUGUACCCUAAUCACAAAUUUGAAGCCGACAUUCCAUUUCAGCUGGUGAUUACAUUACUGCCAGGGCAAAUUGAGAUCGACCACAGAGGUGUACACAAGUACACUUACAAGCACAAAAUCGAGCAGCUCAAUUACUUUGGUUAUGGUGGAAAUGUUCAUGUCAGCGAAAUCCUUACCACAUAGAAAUCAGGAAAUCAUUUACCAAAGAGGUUAUUGAUUUAGUAGUUGCUCUGAUAAUAAUAAGGAAAUGUACCUUUCAAAUCCACUUCUAAAAAUAAGCAAUUUAGUUUUUAAAUAUUUAACUCUUGAAAACCAUUUUUUAAUUACAGCCUCAAAAAUUUGUUGUCUUUGAAUUAAAUUUUCAUUUGUUUUUAUUUUAUUUAAAGAUUGAACAUUAUAUUAUACUUGGUGACUAAUAAAUAAAAUGUGCAAAUUAA